AUGGGUGACAGCCACGCCGUCGAGCUGACCGACUGCGGCGCGUGCACCGGCGGCCUGAUCGCGCGCCACCUGUACGAGGGCCGGCCGGGGCCUCGUCUGCUGCUGCUGCAGGAGGACCGCUGCCUCAACGGCUCGGACACGGCGCCGGCCGGCCGCUGGAGCGUUGGCCAGGUACUGCACGUGGCCCCGAGCUGCGCGCUCUCGCUGCGACACGCCCUGUUCGCCAAGGUGGGCCACCCGGUGUGCCUGGAGCCGGAGGGAGACCGUCUGAUGGUGGUGCAGCUGCAGCAGGGCCGGACCGUCCGCCGCUCUGGACUGAGAGGUCUCGACUGGCUGCGGCCCAGAGACGAUCUCAACAAUGUCACACUCACCGUCGUCUACGAGAACUACAGCCCAUUCUUCGAGUGCGAGGAGGAAAUCAAGGGAACAUGCGUACGAACCGCAUACACAGCUCCCGCUGUGCUGUUGGCGGAGCUAGCACAGCGGCUGGGUUUCCACACGAGGUACGUUCAUAAUCCGGAUGGCAGCUGGGGGCACGUGGAGGCGGGACAGUGGCGCGGCAUGGUGGGUGAAGUGGUCGCUGGCCGCGCCGACUUAGCUGUCGGUGGUAUAUUCAUCAACGCGCAGCGCUCGGCAGUCGUGGACUUCUGCCGACCGCUCACACUUGUCUACCUGGACAUCGUCACGCGGCCGCGGCCGGUCGGCCUGCGGAGCAGCUUUGCCAAUCUGCUGUCGCCGACUGUCCUGGCGCUGAUCAUGGUCAGUCUGCUGGCCAGCACGCUGGCGCUGCUGCUGGUGGUCUGGCGACAACUGGACAACUGCUACCGCGCGCUGGUGUCGCAGGACCUGCCGGCGAGUCGCGUCCGUCUGCUACGUAAUAGCGGCGCCGGCACCAUGCUGCUGGGCAUCUGGCUCAUGUCGGGUAUUAUCCACCGCACGGCCUACACGUCCAACAUGAUCUCGGCGCUGUCGGCACCGCCGGCCACCUGGGCGCCCGACUCGCUCGCCGACCUCGUGCGCCACGAGUACCGCGUGGUCACGCACACCGGCUACGGCGCCUACGCCGACUGGCUGCACGCGCAGAACAGCUCGCUGUUCCAGGCGCUGAAACGGCGCUGGGUGCUCGCCGACCACGUGGCCACGUUCCGGCAGCUGGUGGGCUCCGAGGAGAAGAUCGCCCUGCUGGAGGAGACGCCGUCCGUCAUGACGCUCCUCUACGACGCCAUCGCUGAGUCGGAAGGGGCCGUCACUGAGGCGAGUGUCCACCGCGGACGCCAGCAGUUCCUUCCCUCCAGCGUGGGCUGGGCCAUGCAGCCGAACACGCCGUACGCCGGGCGGCUGAACGAGAUCCUGCGCUGGGCGCAGUCCAGCGGCCUGGCCACCGGUCCGUCGUCGUGCUGA